AUGGUGGCGUUGACUGAAGGGUGUAGUGCUAUAUUGAAGAGUAAAAUUCCUCCUAAAUUGAAGGAUCCGGGCAGCUUCACAAUUCCUUGUUCUAUUGGUGGUAGAGAUGUUGGUAGAGCACUUUGUGACUUGGGGGCUAGUAUCAAUUUGAUGCCCAUGUCAAUUUUCAAGAAGUUGGGGAUUGGAGAAGCAAGACCAACCACAAUCACUUUGCAAUUAGCGGAUCGUUCUAUGGCACACCCGGAAGGAAAAAUUGAAGAUAUACUUGUGCAAGUUGAUAACUUCAUUUUUCUGGCUGAUUUCAUCAUCCUUGAUUAUGAACCGGAUAAAGAUGUUCCUAUUAUCUUGGGUAGGCCAUUUCUAGCUACUGGGUGGACCUUGAUUGAUUUUCUGGAUGAGGUUGAGGAAUGCUCUAGGCUAAGUGUAAUUGAGUCUAUUGUCGCUGAAAAAUUACACAAGGAAGCUUGUAAAGAUGGAGUGGGGGUGAGGUCACUUGAAGAGCUUGAAAACUUAAGUGAAGAGGAAGAAAGCCAACCUCCUAAGCCUUCUAUUCAAGAGCCACCAAGAUUAGAGUUGAAGCCUUUGCCUAGUUACUUGAAGUAUGCUUAUUUGAGAGAUAAUGAGACAUUGCCUGUGAUUAUUUCAGCCAUGUUAAGAGCUGAAAAAGAGAGUUUGUUGCUGGCUGUUUUGAAGAAAUACACAAGGGCCAUUGGUUGGACUAUGGCGGAUAUCAAGGGAUAA